AUGGCUGCAACAGGUCCAAAAUGGAGUCUUUAUCCAAUUUUAGGAAUUAUCGCUUUUGUAAGUUUUUUUUGGAAUUUUUUUUGUCAACAGUAGCUGACCGAAUAUUUAGAAAAAAUUCAAAUUUUAGGAAAAUUUUUAAACAUUAAAUAUUUCAGGAUGUUUUUAAAAAUUAUCUGUAGAAAUAUUUACCAAUAGUUGAGAUCUGAAACAAAAAAACAUUGAGUUGAAAAUAUUUAUUGCAAAUUUUUAAAAGUUUUUUUUUUCUAAAAUAGGCAUUUAUCAUUGAAAAUCAAACACAAAAAUGAUUUUAAGAUAUUUUUGAAACAGUAGAAAAUUAUUGGAAUUUUUUUUUGAAAUAUAUUUUUUUCAGUUCGAAUUCCUUUUCGGCGGCACUCAUAUUUUCUACUGUUCUCCAUUAUUUUUCCUCUAUUUUCCAUUUAUCAAUGCAGUUUUUGGAUUGGUCGCCUCAUUUCAUGCCAUUUUUCUCAGAUAUCCCAAUCGGUAAUUUUUCUUGCUUUUGAAAUGUUUUCUCAAAACAAAAAGAUUAUUUUGCAGUUGUGAUUUUUAUUUGCAAUUAACUUGUUCGGUUUUGGGAACUAUUUUCUUCUUUUUUUCAUUGAUGGAAUCUUAUUGUAUUGACGAAUUCAAAAGUGAGUUUUUUUUAAAUUAAAUUUAAAAGUAAAAAUCUAUCAAAAAACAAAAAUAUAGCGAACAAUUUCAAAAUUGUUUGAAACAGUAACAUUUUUGUGAAUUUUUCAACGUGAAUUUAUAGCUCAAAAAUUACAGGAGCAUCAUAAAGUAUCGGCAAAAAAAUAUUCCCAUUUUCUCUCACAACAUCGAAAAUAUAACAACGCACAAAAAUUAUGACAAAAUUUUGAAACAGUGAAUUUUUAUGAAACCAAAAAAAAUCAUAAUUUUAGUUUUUUUCAAAUUUUCUAUUGGGGACCAGGAAAUCUUUCCCACUCCCGAUUAUCUCUUUUCAGACUCGGACCAAGAAAUAAAAGACGGAAUUUGCCACGGUCUGAAAUAUCGUGCAAUCGGAAUGAUGAACUCGUGCAACUCGAUAUUGGGAAAUUUGCAAACAUCAAUUCUAUCAAAACUUGGCUACGAUCCAACAACAAGUUCUGAAAAUAUUCGAUUUUUCACAUCGAUUAGUUUAACAAUUUUAUCGGGCCUACAUUUAUUGAUUUGUGUAUUGUUAACAGUUUACAGUGGAAUUGAGACAAAGUAAGUCCUUGAAGUUCUGGAGCCCUCAGAUAUUUUUUUCUAAAAUAAAAUCUCUGGAAUACCGGUUGAGUUAAAAAUUUUGAACUUUCAGGAUUGGCAUGAAACAAUGAAUUUUUGAAUUUUUUUCGCUAUUUUUCCAAGCUCCUUACAAUCAAAGAAAUCCCUGAAGUCUAAAAUUCGAAUAUUUUUUCCAGAAUUCGAUUAUAUUCCUACCACUAUCAAGUUGUCAUAUCAAUAUUGAUAAUUUUGGCGAGUUUUGUGCAUUUGAGAUAUUGUUGCACAUUUUUCUUUUUAUAUCUACCAUUAGCAAUCGGACUAUUUUCAUUGUUACAAGGUUGGUUUUAUUUUUGGAAGAAGAAUCACAGAAGGCAUAAACAUUUGGUUGUGAAACAGUGAAUAGAAUAAAAAAAAGAAAACAAUAGUAAGAGGAUUAGAAAAGGUGGUGCUGCUAAUAGUUUAAUUGUUGGUUUUCGAGAUAAUUGACAGAUUGGGGAGGAAGAGGGAAUUGGGAGAGGGGAGGGAGGGGGUUACGUAACGUGAAGAAGAUGUUUCGCGCAUUUCAGGAGGGGGUGAGGAAUUUACGAUGGAAGAUUUAAUAGUACUGACUUGUGAGAACUUUUCCGAGCUCAGAAAAAUGUUUUUCAGGGGGAUCUGAAAAAACAUUUUUGGAGUUCAGAAGUUUUCUGAAAACUUUUUUUUUAAAAUUAAAUAACAUGAGCAAUCAGGUGGCAAUUUUUUGCAGGAAUCGUAACAUGGCGUACAAAAUGCCACGGUUCAACAACUCGCGGAAUAAACAUAAUCGGAGCAGGUUUUAGUGUUUUAUUGAAUGCGAUCACAAGUUUCGGAAUCUUCUGUUGGUUGAAUCGAAAUACAAUUCCACAUAUGUUAACUCGACAUUGUCAUUGGUUUCCCGAAAGAGAAGAAUAUUGUUUGAGAGUUGUUCAUUUCACAAAUCCAUAUAUUGAUUGGUUGCCACAAGAAACUGAUAGGGAAAUUGCGGCUGUACAGGUGGGAAAUUCUAGAGAUUGGGAAAUUCUAGAGAUAUUUGGAAUUUUUGAGCUUGAAAAAUCAGUGGUUAAAAGAAAAUAUAUUUCGGAAAUUCUGAAUUGCCACGUUGUGUAAAAAUAAGUAGUUUAAAAUUUUCAGCUAACAAUUUCAAAAUUAUAAUUUUUUUUCUGCGUCAUAAGAUUUUGGAAAAAAAAUCUGACUUUUUUUUUCAAACUUCAAAUUUAUUUUUAAAAAAUGUGAUUUUCUAGAUUAUUUUUCAAAAAUUAAAUUUCUCAACUUCCACGUCAAAAUUUUAGAAUAAAAAAUUAUUUUCAUAAAAUUUAGGUUUCUAAAUCGAAUUUUUCAAAUUUCGCUUACAUUGUCGAUUUUCGAAAUUGCCACGUCAUAACUUAUUUUUGCAGAUAACAAUCCAAAUUCUUCUCUUCAUCCUCACAUGUUUUCAAUUCGCCUUUUCAAUGAAAUCUGCAUUUUCAACAAAAUCCCAAUAUCUUUACUAUUAA